CGAGAACGUGCUCGCGUUCGCCCAGCCACGUGCCGUUUUUGUUGGUGUGAGGGGAGCCGGUGCUUAACAUGACCAGAGGCCUCGUGACAGCCUGCAGGUGUUCCGCUUCUCGGAGCGCGUGAUGCGCAGCAGGGUGGUGAGCGCGCAGCUGUGGGUGUACGUGCGUGGCCACGCGUACUUCGGCAACUCGUCGCGCGAGGCGCUGCCUGUCAGCGUAGACGUGAUGCGGCUGGUGAAGCCGGGCGCGGCUAGCACCUGCCCCCCUGCCAGGCUGGACUCGCCCGCGCUCAGCCCAGUCGUCUCCGGCAAGGCCUCGCAGCCGCUAGGCCUGGGCGGCUGGAUCGGCGUCGAUGUGGAGCGACUCGUCACUGAGUGGUUCAAGCACCCCAAGGACAACUGUGGCAUAGUCAUCAGGGGCUACGACGCUGAUGGCCACCAGGUUAUCGUCAUCGACCACGAAGAGGAAGAUGGCGCGUAUGUGCCGUUCAUCGAGGUGCAUACGGCCGACAACCGGAAGCACAGAACCAAGCGCACAAUGGGGCUGAACUGCGACGAGAACUCGGAGGAGACGCGGUGUUGCCGCUACCCGCUGACGGUGGACUUCGAAGAGUUCGGCUGGGACUGGAUAAUUGCGCCGAAGAAGUACGAGGCGAACUACUGCGCCGGUGAGUGUCCCUACGUGUUCCUGCAGAAGUACCCGCACACGCACAUCGUGGCGCUAGCGAACAAGCACGCGACGACGGGUCCGUGCUGCGCGCCCAGGAAGAUGUCCGCCAUCUCCAUGCUCUACUUCGACAACAGCUACAACAUCAUCUACGGCCUGUUGCCGGGCAUGGUGGUCGACCGCUGCGGCUGCUCCUAGAGCGAGCGAGUGCACGCCGUAGACCGAUGAUGGAAGCGCCUCGCAGCUAAACGUUUAUGGCCCAAGCGGUGCCAACAGAACUGUCGAAAACACGUGUCCCAACAGAUGCCGCUGUAUGGAUGUAGACCGCCCACCCAAGCUGCACAAAGAAAUGUUCGAUUUCAUUAUUGAACGGCUUACUCACCGAUAGAACUGUCAAAAAUAGUGUCACAUGGCAGGCGGAAAAUUGGUGCACUUUGAAAUUAUAAAAUCUCGUAUCACUUUGUAACUUUGAGUUGCAAUACAGCCUGUGUGUUUGAUAUUAAAUUAUAAAUGCAUUUAAAUAUUUUCUGUGUCAAAUUGCUACUUUAGAUGUAAAAUUUUGUACCAAUCAUGCGUUUAUUGGAGUACCACACAUAGCUUUGUUUACAUCAACAGCUUUUGACAGUUCUGGUGGAAAAUUGUAAGCCAAUGUUGCCUGAUUUGCAGAAGGCAAGAGUCGAAAUGUAUUUGUUAUAUGGUCACAACUGGCGUAUUUUUGAGGUUAUAAAAUAUUAUUACCUUUUAUAUGCUCGUUUUUAAAUAGAAUAUGUGUCUAAAAUUGAAUUACAAGAACAUUUUAAUAAUACAUUAUGCUCAAAUAGUUUCUUAAAAUUUAAUAAUAUUAACAAAAGCGUAUGUCUGUAUGAAUGCAAUUUGUAAACAAACUUACGUGUAAUUGUUUAACCAAGCUGAUUUUGACAGUUCUGUUGACCAAUCAUAUUCAUCAUUAGUCUAUGGCGCCACUGCUUGCAGCUGCUGCUUGUGAACGGCAUUCCAUCUCUGCCCUCACCAUGUGAACUAAAUGUGAUUGUUAAACUUUAAGGUAUUUUAUACGUCCAUGAGUGAUAAAGUAUGAUUUUUUACACUGUUAUCCAAAUAUUAUAAUUUAAUAUAUUAUUUACAAAAGCAUUCUCAUGCACCAAACACAAUACACUAAAAAUAUUGCAUUAUUGCUGACUUCUUCAUGAAAUAUAUACUUAUAAACGUUUGCAAGAUUUUUUUAUUUACUGGGCAGUUGUUUUAAAGUUAUUUUUAAAUUUAAAUGAAGUUGCAUAUCAGUUAGCCAAUCAAAAACAAGCGUGAGUUAUUACAUUUGAUUUAAAUGCACAUUACAUUUUAAUGCACAUGUUAGCAAACCUGUUGUAUCUUAUAAUGAUUUGUACUUUUUCUAUUAAAUCAUUUGACUUUUACGAUGAUAAUAAAUUUUUAAUAAA